CUUCUCUUGCGAUCGGGAUGUGCCCUGCUGGUCUCUGGUGGAAGUUUCCUAGUAAGGGUUCGUUCGUUGGUUCAUUAUCGCCCUUCGAGGAUUGGAUUCUUGACGUCAGGGUGCUGCCGGAUCCAUCAAGAGUCCUGGAAGUGACAAGUGAGCUUGAAUUUCUACCACAUCGUGUGGUUUUCCUUAUUCUUGGGUUUUCCAUUAUGCUGAUGGCUGAUUCUCUGAGCGAGUCUGUUAUCUUCUACUAUGGGAGCGCGAUGACAAUUGGCAUCAUACUUGUGAUUCUAAUGGUUGUCUACCAGGGUAUGAAGCUGUUGCCAACAGGUCGAAAGAGUUCACUAGCUGUAGUCUUGUACUCAUCCAUUGUUGGUGUUGCAGCCUCUCUUUUGCAGCACAUUUCUGCCUUAUUGCGCGCAGCACUUGUUGGGAUAGGAAUAUAUGAAGAUAUGCAUAAACCUAAGAACUUUCAAGCUAUGUUUUCUGAUGGAUGGUACCUCUUUAUGGAUGUGGUGGUUGUUGGCUAA